AUUUGCUUCAAAAUUCGUUUGUUUACCGAUCUCUCUUACUUUGCCUGAUUUCCCAUUAUUUCCGAUCUUUUCUCAUCCAGAGCUGGGAGCUCGAAGAAAGCUACUAACCUUUUAUUCCUUCUCUUCUUUUGGGUUUGAAAUCUGGUUUCAAGGCCUGAAAUGGAAAAAAUGGAGAAGAAUACAAGUAAUGCGUUGUGAAAAUUCUGAUAGAUUAAAGAACACAUUAAGAAAAGGAAAAGGGGAAAAUGACAGAAACGGAUCCGUCGAAGAAAGUGGCGGAUAGGUACUUGAAGCGCGAGGUUCUUGGUGAAGGUACUUAUGGUGUUGUCUACAAAGCCAUUGAUACCAAGACAGGACAGACAGUUGCCAUAAAGAAAAUUCGGCUUGGGAAGCAGAAGGAAGGGGUGAAUUUUACUGCACUCAGAGAAAUUAAACUUCUUAAGGAGCUGAAAGAUCCUAAUAUAAUUGAGUUAACAGAUGCAUUCCCGCACAAGGGUAAUUUGCAUCUUGUGUUUGAAUUUAUGGAGACCGACCUUGAAGCUGUUAUUCGAGAUCGGAAUAUAUUCCUCUCACCAGCUGACAUCAAAUCCUACAUUCAGAUGACUUUGAAAGGACUUGCUUUUUGCCACAAGAAAUGGGUUUUACACAGGGAUAUGAAGCCUAAUAAUUUGCUAAUAGGAUCCAAUGGACAGCUUAAACUUGCAGAUUUUGGUUUAGCACGCAUAUUUGGCAGCCCAGAUCGCAGGUUUACUCACCAGGUCUUUGCUCGAUGGUACAGAGCUCCUGAGUUACUUUUUGGUACUAAGCAAUAUGGUGCUGGUGUGGAUGUUUGGGCUGCUGCCUGUAUAUUUGCUGAACUUCUCCUCCGACGACCAUUUCUGCAGGGUACAAGUGACAUCGAUCAGUUAGGAAAGAUCUUUGCAGCCUUUGGGACGCCGAAACCCUCUCAGUGGUCAGAUAUGGUAUACCUGCCUGAUUAUGUAGAAUACCAAUAUGUUCCUGCACCACCUUUACGUUCAUUGUUUCCGAUGGCCAGUGAUGAUGCUUUAGAUCUGUUAUCAAAAAUGUUUACAUAUGACCCAAAAGCUAGGAUUACAACUCAGCAAGCAUUAGAGCACAGGUACUUUUCAUCUGCACCUCUACCUACGGAUCCAGCUAAGCUCCCUAGGCCUACUCCUAAAUCACGUCCGUCAGAUGUUAAUCCCCAGGAUGGUCCCACCGUGCUUUCUCCACCACGAAAAUCAAGGAGAGUAAUGCUAGAUCGUGAUUCCAACCAACUGGAGAAGAUUGAUGAGCAUGUUGGUGGAAUUAGAGCGGUAGCUGGUGACCAUUCAGGAAAGAGUGAACAGGUGCCAAUGUCAGUAGAUUUUUCAAUCUUUGGGUCAAAACCUCUGAGUAGACCGACAAUUAACAGUGCUGACAGGUCUCAUCUGAAGAGGAAACUUGACCUUGAAUUCCAACACAAUGAUUAAAGAAAUAUAUACGCAUUUGUAUCGAUCCAAGACUCUUUUGUUAUGAUGUGUUCAAGCAGGCUGGAUAUUUAUGAGCUACCUAUAUGGUAAGCUUCUGUUAACCACCCUGGCAGGUCCCCUUUUCAUAUACUCUAUAUACAAACUCGGCUUCCUAUUCGUUAUUGUCGACUGUAUCAAGAAACAGUUACAGUUAGAGAUUUCAGAGGAUUUUAUUUUAUUUUUCUUGGAAGAAUGUUUAAACUGAGUCCUUAAAACAUUUUGAUGAAGAGCUUUAUUUUGUAUUUAUGAGUUGCUGUGAGUGAAGAGUGACAGGAGGAGGCAUUGGCCAUGAGGGUUUUUAAGUUCAAGUCUUAGGGUAUUGCUUAGUGUUAACUUCCGAAUUGAAGGGUAAUUCUA